GAUGACGUAACGCGCUGCGCGGUGAGGUCAGCGUAGUGCCGCUGUUGCUGGUCCCGCUGCCCGUCGCUCGGUCUGCUUUAAUCGGGGUUUUUUUUUUUUAGAUCCUCGACCCUCCAAGAGGAGUGUGAAGCUUUGUCUGUGGCCGGGGCUAUACGGUAUUUGCUCCGAUAACAGGAUCGGUGGCAACACAGCCUGCUGCGGCUUAUCGUUUGGUAUCAGAGUUGUACUUCAUUGUUCUAUGCCAGAAAUGGAUAUUAGAGCAUAAUUACUAGAGGAAAAUAAUCAGCGAUAAGCUCUGCUUCAAGAGUGAAUGGUACAGAAUGCAAUGGGAUCGAUAGCAUGUCUUCAGAGAGUGGCCCUGGGACAAGACUGAGAAAUUUGGCAGUAAUGGGGGAUGGACUAGAAGCUACACAAAUGUCUACAGCACAGGCACAGACUCAACCCCAACAAGGCAAUCCUUCAUCCAUUAACCCAGCUCCACCUGAGACCUCAAAUGCUAGUAAACCCAAGCGCAUGACCAACCAACUACAGUACCUACUCAAAGUGGUGCUCAGGACACUAUGGAAACAUCAGUUUUCAUGGCCUUUUCAGCAGCCUGUGGAUGCUGUCAAACUAAACCUCCCUGAUUAUUAUAAAAUUAUUAAAACUCCUAUGGACAUGGGAACAAUAAAGAAGCGCUUGGAGAAUAACUACUACUGGAAUGCUCAAGAAUGUAUCCAGGACUUCAAUACAAUGUUUACAAAUUGUUACAUCUAUAAUAAGCCAGGGGAUGAUAUUGUUUUGAUGGCAGAAGCUCUAGAAAAACUCUUCCUACAAAAAAUCUCUGAAAUGACCCAGGAAGAAACAGAAAUUGUUAUAGUCCAAACAAAAGGGAGAGGACGUGGUAGGAAGGAAACAGUGACAUCAAAGGCAGGAGCAUCAGUGGUACAGAAUGCAACUCAAGCAUCAUCCCCACCACAGACGCAGGCUCCACCCCAAAAUUCCCAACCGGUGCAAACAACUCAUUCCUUUCCCUCUCUAACCCCUGACCUAAUUGUUCAGACACCAGUAAUGACAGUGGUGCCGCCCCAGCCUCCUGCAGCACUGCCUCCUCCCCUCCCACCUUCAGCCUCAGCUCCUCAGCCCUCUCAGACACACACCCCGAUUAUCCCAACAUCUGCACAACCCAUGAAGACAAAAAAGGGAGUGAAGAGGAAAGCAGACACUACAACUCCUACUACAAUAGACCCACUUCAUGAAUCAUCAUCAUUGCCAGCUGAACCCAAGUCUGUCAAGACAGGUCCACGAAGCCGACCUGUGAAACCUCCAAAGAAGGAUGUUCCAGAUUCUCAGCAGCAUGUAGUAGAAAAAAGUAACAGUAGCAAAGUGUCAGAGCAAUUAAAGUAUUGUGGUGGCAUCAUAAAGGAGAUGUUUGCUAAGAAACAUGCUGCAUAUGCAUGGCCCUUCUACAAACCUGUGGAUGUGGACGCUCUUGGACUCCAUGAUUAUCGUGAUAUCAUUAAGCAUCCCAUGGACCUGAGUACAAUUAAAUCCAAAUUGGAGAACCGGGAUUAUAGAGAUGCUCAGGAAUUUUCAGCUGAUGUCCGAUUGAUGUUUUCCAAUUGUUACAAAUAUAACCCUCCAGAUCAUGAGGUAGUGGCCAUGGCACGGAAACUACAGGAUGUCUUUGAAAUGCGGUUUGCUAAAAUGCCAGAUGAACCUGAAGAACCUGUGGUUCCAGCUUCCUCUCCAGUAGUAGUGCAGCCACAACCCAAAGUGCCCCCACCAUCAUCCAGUGACAGCAGCAGUGAUAGUUCUUCUGAUAGUGACAGUUCAUCAGAUGAUUCUGAAGAAGAACGAGCUCAGCGACUAGCAGAGCUCCAGGAACAGCUUAAAGCAGUGCAUGAACAGUUGGCUGCCCUGUCACAGCCACAACAGAAUAAACCAAAGAAAAAAGAGAAAGACAAGAAAGAAAAGAAAAAAGAGAAGCACAAAAAGAAAGAAGAAGUAGAAGAAAAUAAAAAAAAUAAAGCCAAGGAUCCACCAACUAAGAAGGUUAAGAAGAAUAAUGGGAAUAGCAAUAGCUCAAGUAAUAAGAAGGAGCCUGUGACUGUGAAGAAUACCAAGCCACCUCCAGUUUAUGAGUCUGAGGAGGAGGAGAAAUGUAAGCCAAUGUCUUAUGAAGAAAAAAGACAAUUGAGCCUGGACAUUAACAAGCUCCCUGGUGAAAAAUUAGGCCGAGUUGUCCAUAUCAUCCAAUCAAGAGAACCCUCGCUCAAAAACUCCAAUCCUGAUGAGAUUGAAAUUGACUUUGAAACAUUAAAGGCGUCUACUUUGCGGGAGCUGGAGCGAUAUGUAACAUCUUGUUUACGGAAAAAAAGGAAACCGCAAGCAGAGAAAGUGGAUGUAAUUGCUGGUUCCUCUAAAAUGAAGGGAUUCUCCUCUUCAGAGUCUGAGAGCACCAGUGAGUCCAGCUCCUCCGACAGUGAAGAUUCAGAAACAGAAAUGCCUCCCAAAAUUAAGAAAAAAGGACAUCCUGGUCGAGAACAAAAGAAGCAUCACCAUCAUCACCAUCUACAGGUGCAGCAGCAACAGCAGCAGCAGGUGCAACCACCACAGCUACCACCACCACCACCUCCAUCUGCCCCUCAGCAAGCAGCCCCCGCAGUCAAGUCUUCUCCUCCAGCUUUUGUUCCAACGCAGAUCCCAGUUAUGGAGCAUCCACUUCCAGGGAACAUGUUUGACACUAUUUCACAUUUCACUCAGCCUAUUCUGCACCUUCCCCCACCUGAGAUGCCACCUCAUCUCCCCCAGCAGCCUGAGCACAGCACUCCUCCUCACUUAAAUCAACAUGCAGUAGUGUCCCCUCCAGCUUUGCACAAUGCCCUGCCUCAGCAACCGUCAAGACCCAGUAAUCGAGCCGCAGCACUCCCCCCUAAACCUUCUCGGCCUCCAGCUGUGUCACCGGCUCUUAACCAGCAGCCUCUGCUUCCCCAGCCCCCACUCUCCCAGCCUCCCCAGCUGCUUUUGGAGGAGGAAGAGCCUCCUGCUCCUCACCACAACCUGCCACUGAGUAAUAGUCAGAUGCAGAUGUACUUGCAGCAGUUGCAGAAGGUGCAGCCACAGACUUCUCUCCUCCCUUCAGUGAAAGUGCAGUCGCAGCCUCAGCCCUCCCUACAACCUCCUCCUCACCCUCCCGGGCAACAAUUACCACAUCAGUCACAGCAGAGACCAGUCCAUAUGCAGUCCAUGCAAUUUCCACCCCAUAUCCCACAGCCUCCACCACCACCCCAGCCGCAUCUGCCCCCUCAACAGCCUCAAGCCCCACCGCAGUCGUCAAAACCCCAGCAAGUCAUCCAGCACCACUCUUCACCAAGACAUCACAAGCCAGACCCCUACGCAACAGGCCACUUGAGAGAAGCACCUUCCCCUCUCAUGAUGCAUUCCCCUCAGAUGCCACCGUUCCAGGGGUUGCCGCACCAGUCUCCACCACAAUCAAAUGUUCAGCCAAAAAAGCAGGAACUAAGAGCAGCAUCGGUAGUUCAGUCGCAGCCUUUGGGCAAAGAGGAGAAGAUGCAAUCCCCAGUCAUUCGAAAUGAGACCUUUAGCCCUGCCUUGCGGCAAGAUCCUACCAAACACCCAGAGAGCAUCAAGCCACCUGUACAUAUCCAACAACGAACAGAGAUGAAAACAGUGGACAGUGGACGGCCUGUUAUAAGACCUUCAGAACAAAAUGCGCCACCAGGAGUCCAGGACAAAGAGAGACAGAAGCAAGAACCAAAAACACCAGUAGCACCUAAAAAGGAUUUGAAAAUAAAAAAUAUGGGAUCUUGGGCAAGCUUAGUGCAGAAACAUCCCACCGCACCAUCUUCAACAGUAAAAUCCAGCAGUGACAGCUUUGAGCACUUCAAGAGGGCCGCCCGGGAAAAGGAGGAGCGUGAGAAAGCCUUGAAAGCUCAAGCUGAACAAGCAGAGAAGGAAAAGGAGAGGCAAAGGCGGGAACAGGAAAGAAUGAGGAGUCGUGAAGAAGAAGAGGCUCUGGAGCAGGCACGUCGAGUUCACGAGGAAGCCCGGCGGCGUCAAGAACAGCAACCCCAGCAUCAUCCCCAGGCUCAGCAGCAGGUGUCAGCGGCAGCCUCUGCUCCCCCGUCACAGAGCUCUCAGCCGCAGGCUUCGCAGUCCAUGCUGGACCAACAGAGAGAGGAACUCCGGAAACAAGAACAGGAACGAAGGCGCAGAGAGGCAAUGGCAUCUACUAUUGACAUGAAUUUCCAGAGUGAUUUGUUGGCAAUAUUUGAAGAGAAUCUUUUCUAAUAGCACCUGGUUUUCUUCGCCUGAACUCCUUAAUUUCCCAGCAAAUUUUUGACUCUCCACAGUGUUGUUGGCAGCUGGGAGGAGAGCAUUCCUGCAGCCUUUCUGCAUGUGUGACGGUUAUGGCCUCAGAAGGAUCAGCAGAGUCUGCCUUACGAUUUGACUUAAUUCCCACCCACCCCAUUCCCCCAACCUCACUGAAGAAAGCGAGACCAAGAUGAGUCAACUCUGUACUAGGUUUGCAUCAGUGGACAUGCAGUUGCUGGGAAGGGUGCCCCUUAUCACUUGAUAUUCUCUAUGCCAAACCUACUUGCAGUAUAUCCAGAACUUGAUGCUGUUUACCCUUUUUCUAUUCAAAAGCAUUCUGAAUUCCAGAAUGUCUUUGACGCUACCGUGCUGUAUGCUGGCAGCACCAGACACUCUGCAUUGAGAGGCUGUGUACACAAAGACCCUGCCUUGGCUUUAGCAGGGAAGACACACAAGCUGUUUUGGGUCCUUUCAUCACUGGCUUUGCCUUUAACUAAACUUCCCACAAGCCUUUAGCUGGGAGCCAUUCUCUGUAAGUGUUUGCUUGUGAAAAAGGGAAUAAUUUAGUGGAGGUGUCAAGUAAGUGUAACUGGCCAUUUGAGUGAGGUUUUUGUUUUAGCAUUGUGUGGAUGACAGGAAUCUGAGCUAGACUACCAACCAAAGUCAGUUUCUUUCAAUCUGUUUCUUUUCCUCCAGAUACAUUGGCACUACUCAACUCUUUGAGUAGGUAUUCUUGUCUCUUCAUUACAGAGUGGAGUGGAGUGGGGAAAACUUAAUACCAGGGGAAACUCCCACCCUGUCAAUAGUGUUUGACUGUGGCUGUAUUGUAUAGUGAAUAUAGUUGGCAUAUAUUUGUUUGAGUUUUAUGGUGAGCUCACCAUACUCUGUAAAGACACUGCUUCUAUUUUGCUCAGUUCCAGACUUUUAGUCUAUAUUUUUAACUGUAAUACCAGAAAAUUACAUUUUGGGUUUUAAAUGUCAUGGAGUCUGUUCAAAUUAGUUUUUAUACACAACAGAGCAGCUCCGGGGAGGGAGGUGGGAAUGGAUUUGGAUUGGCAGGAAGGAAGACCUGUUCCUGUUGUCUUCCAUUAAGUCCUUUAACAUUUUAGCAGUAAUCAUUUUCUCAGCACUUUUAGCAUAUUGUUUCCAUUUUACUCUUUCAAAUGUUCCACGUUUAUGUGCCAUAAAUACCCACUAUACAGUACAAUACUGGUGUGUCAGUAUUGGCCAAUCUCUGGAGUAAUUAAUUGGUUUUACUUUAAUACGGUGAAUAUGCAUUUGGUCUGUACUGAUCAUGGAAUAAACUCAUCUCUUUUUUUUUAAAGUUGGUGUCGUACUGACAUUUCUUUUAAAUCUUGCUUAUGGUAAAAUGGCUUAGGUGAGAAAGGCUGUAAGGAGACUUGUUCUAUUCAUCUGUCUUGCUCUCGCAGGCAGGGAAAUCUCCAGCCAAUUCAUAUUAUUUUCAUCUUAUCACCAAGCUAGCUAAUAUUUACCCUGGGAGCAGUAGUAGUGGAGCAACAGCAUUCUGUAGAAAUGGUAGGAAGAUGAACACCAAAUAUCAAGCAGUUAGUGUUUUCUCAGCAUGGCUGGUUUCACAUUGUAGCAUCAAGCCAAAAGUAGGAGAACAGCACACUGAUUGUUUCCAGUCUUGUUCCUGUUUGGGGCAAAUCUCAACAUGCAACCUAAUUUCCAGCAAUAAAAUUUAGCCCAGCUUCCUUUGUUGUGCUAAAUUAGGAGCGCUUGAACUAUAGUAGUUGACCCUGUGAGGAUCAAGAGAAAGAUAUAGUAUUUCACUUUUCUGCACUGUUGGUCAAAAUUAGUGUUCCAAUAUGAAUUGCUGGACAUGGAUUUUCUAUUCAGAGCUUGCAAAUUGCCAUUGUGUUGCUACUUCUUUUGAAAAAAACAUGACUGCUUGCUUCAAAACUUCAAUUGGACUUCAAGUAAUGGGUUUGGACUGUGAAUUAAAGUUAUUCAGAGUGCUUAUUCUGGUCAAGAAUGCUCUGGCUAGCUGCUGUAGAGAAGACAACUGUUCUCUGGGCAGCUCCGCCAACUUUAUACUUGCACCCUCGGCCAAAGACAUCUCUGUUUUUCCUGAUGACAGAAUUUCUUGUCCUGCCAAUGUCUCAACUCUUCAUUUUCAUUAUAUUGGACUACUGAUUUCAACAGCUACACCAUCUGCCCAAUUUAAUUAUGACUAAUGUGGAAAGAAACGUUAAGAGAGCAGAGAUCCCAGAUGGAGUAAAAGAAGGUAGCUAUUUCUGUUCAUUGACUUCCAGGUCCCUAGACCUGGGGGGGGGGAAACCUGAAUUGUCCCUCCUGAAACAUAGUUAUGUAUCAAGAGAAAUGGGGCACCUAAGAAAGCAUUUAUUGUCUCCAAAAGUAUUGCUCUUAAAACUUGCAAUUUGCUUCAACAUCAUUCUCAGGUCUUUUUGUAGGAGUUGAAUAACUGGACCUGCUAUACAACACCAAGAUCAAGUGAUAGGUCAUUUGUUGCCUAUUUUCAAUCUAACUUGGCCUUGGCUUUCCAAUGCGCAGUUAAAUGUCCAUGCCUUUAAGCAGUUGGAAGUGCACGGUCGCACAUAUUAAUAUAGGUAACUCAGGUUAGUAGCCAUGUACAGAAGAAAUGAGACUGGCUCUAGAGGCAAUUGUUUCUUCGACAGUCUUGUGAACAGCCAGUUCUCACGCUGAAUUUUUACCUAAAGGUGCCUUUUAACUCUACAUCAUUAGAAGAUCUCUGCCUUUCUCCAUUGAGUAUUAGAUUGUUGAAAGAUAAAUGGGAAAGUUUAGAAGGGGCAAUAUUACCCCUCUUUUUCUGAAGGCUUCUUGCUGAAAAGGAUGUGCAAUUAGGUAUAGAUCAGGCUUUCUGUUACAAGACGUUGACUCUGCUUUCCUUCUUUCAGGGAGUUGCCUGUCUUGAGAAGGCCAUGAAAUGUUGUGCUUUGUCUCCAAACAUAGUAAUUUUGUCUGGAGUGGCUUAGGCUCAUAGCCAGUAACCACCUCUAACAUUAAAAUGCAGUUGACUGGUCUGAAAAUCUGGAUUCCCGAGAACCAGACUUGGGCCUCAGAUUACCUCUCGUACAGAACACCUAAAUGUUCUGUUUCUGGACCAACAUAAAGGUAGUUACCAUAUGCUGGAUUGUAUAUGACACUAGUUUCCUCCCUUGAUCUGCUUAUGUGUGGGUGUUAACACUUCAGAAUUGGUGAAAUGUUAGUUCACCAGCUCACACAAUUUCUUCAUGAAGGCUUAUUGGUUGGGUUAGCCCUUAUAGUCUUCUACUUAAUCCCAGGAAUUGUCAGGAAAGGGGGCUUCUAUCUCUGGCAACAGCUCACACUUGAAUGAAAAUAAGUCCCUUGCAUCCCCUUCUUGUCCCUGUGUUACUGCACAUGUCUUUUUACCAUGAGCUAAUUAACUAGCCUUAAUCUUCUCUUAGCUCUUGUUUGGAUCCUUGAUGAGGAAGUAGGAAUGUUGGUUUUCCUCUGAACAUGUUCUGAUUCUUUCAUUUUCAUUGCCAGUCAUUUCUCACAGUAUUCUUUGACCUUCCAUCUGUCCAUCUCCUCUCCCCAGUCACCUCUUUUACAAAGCACUUUGGAUGAACAUCUCCCUCCUUUAAUUUUAUGCUCAGGGUUUUUGGGGUACUUUAAGUGCACAUCCGCUGUGAAAGUUGAUCACAUAUGAGCUCACUGCAAUUGUACAUAACAGAACUGCACCACACUGAUGAAAUUGAAAACAUAACGAAGUGGAGAUGCUGGAACUUCUAUCAAGAGAGCACCCUCUGUUGUAAAAAAUUUUAAAUAAAUAAUUUAUAUGUAUGCAAUGAACAACACCCCGUUCCCCGUAUCUAGUCAAUAGCGAGAUUAGUUGUUUUUUAUUUUAAUGUUUAACCCUCUUUUUGCAUUGAACAUUUGCCAAACUUUUUCUUGUCUGUAGUUGAGAGUUUCAAAACCGUGAUAGCCGUUUUUUUUAGCUUGGUGGCUUUCUCCGUUGUCUUGUUCUUCCUCACUUUCCUCUUUGAUCAUUUCUGUGUUUUGCAAACUUUUUGAAAUGUUUACAGGCCUUUACUUAUUUACUUUAAUUUUUUUUUUAAAAAAACAACCUGUACUUGGUCUUUGAUUUUUAUACAUUUCUAUAUGAUGAACAUAGAUGGUAUCAUUAAAUUGGAGACUUUUUUUUUCUGCCAAAGGGUUGCUAUUCUUUUUCUUCUUUCUUUCUUUUUUUGGGAGGGAGGGGCUAUAUGUGUGAUUUAUUUUUGUUUUUAUAAAAUGUUUGAGUUUAUAAUAUGGCUAUUCAGACUGAGACCUAUUUAAUUUCCCCUUCUUCCCCCUCCUCCAUGUAUAAGUUCAAUAACUACAGAGUUUUAAGUGUAAGGGUGUAGCCUAAAUGAUGUAACCUUGGUUAUUUUUUUUCUCCCUGCAGUCCUGUACAAAUAAAUAAAUGAAAUGUACAAUUCCACUGUACUUAAUGCACGGAACGCUUGGCAAAUAAUUAUGUCAGUGAAUUUGAAACUUGUAUUAAACACUUUAGACAUUUGUAGAAGGGAAUUCAUAGAGUUUUCACUUAUAUACUAAAGGUUUUUUGUGCA